AUAUGGUUAAAACCAUAAUCCCAUUUAAAAUACGACAUUGAAAACAGGAUCAAGUUAUAGUGGAAUACAUUUUGAUCAGUGUGAAGAUGUACUCAGUGAUGUUGCUGGUCCCUCCUUGAUUCUGCUCCUGUCUUACUGGAGUUGGAUGCAAAACAAGUCAUGAUGGCAGUGUGCAAUUUGGAUGGGAUGUUACUUUGAACCGUUCACUGGCAGCUGGAAGAAAAAACAAAAACAUUGCAAAAAACAAAGCCUUGUGAUUUUGAAUAUUGAUUCAGGAAGCAAAUUUAAAAUGAAAAAUAAAACCAACCAGGGUCCCAGAGUAGCUUGGGCAGCUUUGAAACAGGCAAAGAGUUCGGAGAAAACAAUGCUCUACAAGAAUGUGAAGCUGCCUGCACGACCAAUGACCAUGACGACCAUCGUGCACGAUGUCACGGAGGCGGUGUGUCUGUCCGAAGCCCACAACAUGUACCUCAAGCCCAUCGCCAAGAUGACCAUCAGUGUAGCGCUGCCUCAGCUCAAGCUGCCGGGCAAAAGCAUCUCCAACUGGGAGGUGAUGGAGAGGGUCAAGGCCAUGGUGGCUCCCGAUCAGUUUUCAGGCCUGCGGAUCUCCAAGAGCACCAUGGACUUCAUCCGCUUUGAGGGUGAAGUGGAGAACAAAAUGGUGGUGAAGAGCAUCUUGACUCGCUUGGAUGGGAAGACCAUCAAACUCAGUGGAUUUACUGAUGUAUUGAAGGUUCGAGCUGUUGAGAAUAAAAUGGACUUUCCUACGAGGCAUGACUGGGACUCCUUUUUUCGAGAUGCUAAGGACAUGAAUGAGACCUUGCCGGGGGAGAGGCCUGACACCAUUCACCUGGAAGGCCUCCCCUGUCGGUGGUUCAGCCAGAAAGACAGUCAGUUCCCAGAUCGCCCCUCUGAAGAGGUCCUCAGUGCUGUGUUUGAAGCUUUUGGCAAGGUGAGGAACGUGGACAUCCCGAUGUUGGACCCAUACAGGGAGGAGAUGCUGGACAAGAACUUCAACACCUUUAGCUUCGGUGGCCACCUGAACUUCGAGGCUUAUGUGCAGUACCAGGAGUACGGCGGCUUCACCAAGGCCAUGGACACACUCCGCGGCAUGAAGCUGAUGCUGAAAGGAGACGAUGGAAAAGCUGUUGCCUGUAACAUUAAGGUGACCUUUGACCGCAGCAAGCAUCUGAGCGAGUCGGCGUUGAAGAAGAGGAGUCUGGAGAGGCAGAAGUUACAGGAGCUGGAGAGACUGAGGGAGGAGAAGAAGCGGCAAGAAAAAGAGGAGGAGGAGCGUCGCAAAGAAGAUGAGAGGAAACAGAAGGAGCAGGAAGAGGAGGAAAAAGAGAGGAAGAAGGAGGAGCGAAUACGAAAGCGGGAGCAAAAGGUCAUUGAGCGGGAGGAGAGGAAGAACCUCAAGAAAGUGAGGAAACAGCAGGAGGAGGAGCAGAAGAAGCUCCAGAUGAAAAUUGCCAUGGAGGAAAGGCGGCUCCUGCUGGCUCAGCGGAACCUCGAGUCGAUACGACUUGUGGCAGAGCUGCUAACCAGAGCGAAGGCACUCAAGCAGAAGCAGCAGGAGAAGGAGCGGGCCCAACGGGAGAAACUGGAGCAGCAGGAGCAGCUGCGGCAGAAGGAAGAGUUGGCCCGCCUCCAUGAGCUGGAAGCCUGCCGCCGCAAACAGGAGGAGGAGCUCCGCAGGGUGGAGCUGGACAAGCAGCGGGCACUGGAGCUGCAGCACAGAGAGAAGGAGCUCCGAGAUCGACUCCUCAACAAUUUGCUGAAGAAGAACGUAGAUCAAACCGCAGAUCCUCCUGUCGCCCAGGAGCAGACUUGUCCAAGUACCAAAGAGACGACCGAUCCCAGCAACGUGUCAACACAAGGGUCGACCUUAAACCGUGGGGAGAAGGUGGAUAGCAAGGAGAAGGAGGUAAAUAAAGGGAAAACCGAAGAGGUGAAGAAGAAGACUGUGAAGGAGCCAGCAGUGAAGAGCAGCACCAGCCAAGAAAGAACAAGAGACAAGGAGUCUUCACGCCGAGAGAGAAGGUCCCACAGUCGGGACAAGAGGAGGCGGGCGAGCAGGAGCAACAGCAGCAGCGACAGGAGGAGGAUAAGAAGGAGGAGCAGUAGUCGGCAUCGGACCUCCAGCCGCUACAGGAGUAGGAACUACGGCGGCAGGAGGAGAAGCCACAGCAGCAGGACCUCGACCUCCAGCCGAGAGAGGAGCAGGAGCAGCAGUGGGAGGAGUGGCAGCCGGGGGUGGAGCCACAGGCGCGGCCGUCGCAGAUACAGCCGCAGCAGCUCCAGGAGCAGCAGGGAGAGAAGGAGUCACAGUCGUGACAGAUACAAGAGGCGCAGCAGCAGCAGACACAGGAGUCACUCCAGGAGACGCUACUCUCGCUACUGACUCCUGACCCACACCACAAGCGUGAUCCCUCACAGUGUAGUUUUAUGAUUUCUGUUUUUUUUAUGAAUGAGUUUGUCCAAAAUACGAUCGGUUGUAAAUGUUGUAAAGAACAUUAGAGUUGAAAUCCUGCUGCACCUGUACAACCCAGUUGGUGGGCGACUGGAACCAGUUCUCAUGGCUGACCCUGGAGUCAGAGAGGUGGCGGCGUGUGCGCGCUCUGCCUGCAUUUGCUCCCCAGUGGCUGCUAAAGUGAAUGGCUUCAACAGAAUCCUUCAGUUUACAGAAAGCUGCAUUUCUGACUUGAAUUUUAAUCUGAUUGUCGUGCACACUUGCUUUGUCUUGGCCUUCUUGACAGGAUUUUCUCGCUGGCCUCAUGUGGACAACAUUUAAAGCUGUCUCAAACCUCACACUUCUUUUUUUUUUUUGUUGUUUUAUCAACUCGUGUUGUCACAUUAGGCUCCUGAUGUGUUCUUAAGAAGCGCCACACAUUAAAAUGUCCAUACUUGAUGUUCUAAUUCCUUUUUUUUGUUUUGUUUCUCCCUGUCAGUCAACGGUGUAAAAGUGCAAAAAUGGUUUGGAUUUUCAGGAACCACCCGAUAAACGU